UUUCAUGGGCAAAUGCGAUAAAAAAACGACGUUUGAGAUGCUCGAUUUCUUCUACGAGAACGGCGGCAACUUUAUCGACACGGCCAACAACUACCAAAAUGAGCAGAGCGAGGAGUGGGUUGGCGAGUGGAUGCAACAGAGGAAGAACCGUGAUGAGAUGAUCAUCGCAACCAAGUUCACGACGACUUAUCCCGCCCCUGAAUCGAACAAGAAGAUCAAGAGCAACUUCCAAGGCAACCAUGCCAAGAGCUUGCGUGUAUCCGUUGAAGCGAGCUUGAAGAAGCUUCAGACCGAUUACAUUGAUCUGUUGUAUCUGCACUGGUGGGACUUUUCGACGUCCAUACCCGAGCUCAUGACGAGCCUCCACCACCUUGUCCAGAAUGGCAAGGUAAUCUACCUCGGUAUCUCUGACACUCCUGCUUGGGUCGUCAGCAAGGCCAACCAAUACGCCCGUGAUCACGCUUUGACUCAGUUCAGCGUUUACCAAGGACGAUGGAGCGCCGCUAGCCGCGACUUCGAACGCGACAUCCUUCCCAUGUGCCAUGACGAAGGCAUGGCGCUUUGCCCGUGGGGUGCCCUUGGCGGAGGAAACUUCAAGACCGAGGAAGAGAUGAGCAAGGGCGAGGGCCGUAAGAUGCACAAACAGACGGAGGAACAAAAGAAGAUUGUCGGUGCUCUGGAAAAGCUUGCGAAGAAGAAGAAUACCCUCAUCACCAGCAUCGCCCUUGCUUAUGUUAUGCACAAAGCUCCCAAUGUAUUCCCUAUCGUUGGCGGGCGCAAGAUCGAGCACUUGAAGGGCAAUAUUGAUGCCCUUGCUAUCAGCCUUAGCGAGGAAGAGAUCGAUGAGAUUGACAAUGCCGUUCCGUUCGAUGUUGGCUUCCCGAUGACAAUGCUCUUUGAGAUGAACGGCGGUAAGUACAAAACCAGCAUGACAACGGCCGACGUCGGGUUGCGCACCCCUGCCGGAUGGUUGGACACAGUUGAGAAACCUAAGCCUAUCAGGCCCCGCGACUUGAGUGGCAACUAAGCAGUGGAUUGUGGAUACGUGAUAGUAGCACAGACGGUGAAUUGGUCCGCCAGUAUGUAGUUGGAAGUACAUUGACUUCUUUGGCGCAACAACAAAUUUUACAUGUGAGCUCUAACGUCCGUCACCGUGAAGCGAGAUGGUGAUACUUGUACAGAGUAGAAGAAGAGACCUAGUAAGGUGUGUAGAGUCUGCGUAUGCUCUAAGACCUUUUUAUCCAUACCCGGGACUCGGGCUGGGAGCUAGGCAAGGAGUACUCUGUAGGGACUGGUUGUAUCGUCCUUUGUCUCGCUAUACGGUGGAUCUCGGUUCGCAAUGACGGACGUUAUAAUUUGAUACGAGUUAUUUGUAA